AUGAAGGGCAUAGGCACAUUGAAGGAAAGGAUUGGGGACAGAAGUCAAGAAGUGGCUUCAAAUAGCAAGCCGCUAGAGGAAGUGCAGCAAAAGAACAAGCAGCUCCGAGCCAUACUGCAGAGGCUCGCAUGGCCUCGUCUGGGCUUCUUCACUGUACACGGAAUUACUCACAACCUUCCGUGGCCGCCUAAGCUAAAGUUGCUGAGUGCAGAGCAGGGUCCUGCCAUUCGCACGCUCCGCUAUUUGUCUGGUUUCUUCGAUGGGGACGGAUGUGUGACGUGCAGCGGCAGCCUGUCUGGCUGCACAUUAUCCGUACGCCAGUCUUAUGAUAAAGCUGAAGUCUUGGUGCUGCUUUGCAAAACAUUCGGUGGACGGGUAUACAAGGGGCAAGAUGGUCUAGGAUUGCGCAAGCCGCUGUUGGAUUGGGUGAUAUGUGGGGCUCCUGCGCGGAGAUGCGCAAAUCUGCUAGCAAUCCACAGCAUUGUGAAGAAGAAGCAGCUUCUUCUUGCUGCCUCGUGGCCAGAUGACGCGCGCCGGAGACCAGACUGCAAGGCCAGCUUGCACUCUCUGAAGCUUUGCGACUCUGCAGUUGCUGGCCCCUGCACGUGGGAAUACGUUGCUGGCUUCUUUGAUGCGGAGGGCUGCCUCCAGCUUUACAACCGUUCCACGUUACGCUUGGCAAUCAAGCAGAAAUUUGCCACGGUACUUCACUGCUUGCAGGAGUUUUUAGUCGAGUCCUGUGAUGCCGGGGCAAAUAUUUAUGCAGGCAAUGGUUACUUCGCGCUUUACAUCAGUCGGACAUCUGCCUGCAAGACUGUCUUGCAAAUCAUGCUGGAUGCGGGGCUGCUGAUCAAGAAGCAAAAUGCAGAACUGGCUCUGAAUACGACGCACGAGAAUGCUGCCAAAGUCCGCCUGACUCUAGCAGAGCUCGUUGGCAACCAGAUGUUUGGUAGAAGGCUGGAUGAUGCGGGCAUGAACAGGGUGCCCAAGGCAGCUCGGCGGCCGGUGCCCAGGGACGAGCAGGCUGGGAAGAUCGGAGGUGGUAUUUCCGGUGCCCAGAUGCAGGUGCUGACCGUUACGCUGGAUGAGCAAGAAGCUCUGAAGAAGGCUUUGGCUGCCCUGCAGAAAGAAGGCCGUUCGGCAGCAGAUAUGGCAGCUCACACCGAGGCACGUGUUCGUGAGGGACACUUGGUCAUGAUGAGCUAG